AUGUUGCGUACUAAUAAUUUGCUUAUAUUGCUGGUUUUUUCAUUUUUAAUCAUCAAUGUUAAACUGGAUCUUGGUGGACCAUGUUAUUCAGUAUCAAGUAUGGAAGGUCAAGCUUGUGGAGUUGGUGUUCAUCCAGUAACUCAAAUUAUGACUGAUUGCUUAUGUCAUAUUCCAGGGUAUUGGGAACAAUAUAAUAGAUGUGCAGAAUUAAUAGCUGGUGAACAUAAUGAACCAGUCAAUGGUGCUGAAGUUUGUUCACGGGCCCUGGAAUAUGCAGCCAAUCCUGCAGGGUUUACUGGUAAUAAAAACUUUUUUGAAGGUAGUACGACAAUAUUGGAUCUUGUCAUGUUUGCAUUCCCAACUUAUUCACCAGGAGUAACUAAUUUUCUUGAUUCGAGUUCCAAUGACUUGACUACUACUAAUUCUGAUGAAAUCAAUUCUCUGCUUACAACAGAUGAAAGCGUUCCUUCUUUCAGCAGCAACUAUAUUGAAAUACCCCUGGAAACUUCAGUAGAGGCGUCUAUUACUAUUCAACCAUCAACAAUUGAAAUUUCAGAAACCACCCCAGUUGAAAGUUCAGAAUUUUCAUCUAUAAUCAGUUCCCUGCCAUUACCAAUAGUUUCUGAGAGUGGGGUCUUAAAUUCUACUCAAAUUGUUUCCACACCAGUAGUAAUCAUUUCCCCUACCCCUCAACCAUCUUUAGAGACAACCUCCUCACAAAGCAGUGUUCCUGAUAUCGCAAAUACUAGUUCAACAACAACUGACACCACCGCAGUUGAUGAAACAACUAUAAACAAUCCAUCAUCAGUAGCUUUACCAACUACAAUUGAAACAGCUGUUUUUGAAGGUGGUGCCAUGGGAUAUCCAUCAAUUUCAAUCGCCAUUGGUCUUGUAUUGAUUGUGUACCUUAUUUAG